AUGGAGUGCCAGGACUGCAUGGAUCAUUCAUUGUGUAAGUCCAUGUGUGUAAAUGAGGCUUCGAGCUUCGAGCCUUCAGAACAGUGGCAGGCGGGAACUGAGAGGCGCGCUUGCGCGUGGGGGCGCUGUCGUCGCGCUCGAGGCAGUCCCGUGCGCGUCUUCGUGGCCGCAGUACCUGUGCGCGUGUGCAAGCAUCGCCUGACGAACUCCCGAUCACCGAACUCUAUGAACUAA